CGAUCAUAUCCACCGAGCAGGUCGGUUAGGUGACGGUGAAGCUCCUGGCACCAGCCGGUUGUGACGGUGAAUAUAUGAACAGUGGUGAGGCCGCCAGCACCACACACACCUGUCUCACCGUUCACUAUGGACAAAAUGGCCCUGUGGCUCCAACUCCUCCCACUCCUCGUUGUCUCAACACCUGCUGCUGUUAGCCUCCCACCCCAGGUAUUCCCAACACCUGCAACAACUGCUGUUGAUGGCUACGUUCACACAAAUACAACUUUUACAAGACAACAACACCAACAUGUUAAAUCGUCUUGCCAACACCAAACAGGUGACGACCAUCUGCAUCCUGGCUGCCACCAGCUGCCCUGUCACAUACUCAAUACCUCUAAGGCGCUGCCCCUCCCGGCCGUAGUCAGCCUCGAGGUCCCGAACCAGAAAACGAAGUGGAACCCAAGACUCUUGUUUGUGGAUGAUCGCGGUCAUGGUCAAGGCUGUGUUGACUUGCUGGUACACGAGGGAAAUAUAUCACUCCAGACGAAGCGUCAGUGUAGUGACUCAAUUAUGGACUUUGCCAUUGUCCCAUUAACACUGUUCACUGAAGACACGUGGAUACAUUUCCAAGCGGUCGUCAUUGGUAAUAAGAUGAAGUUAAUGUUAUGUUCGCCUGGACGCAAGAAGGCUUUGGUGACGCUUCCCUCUGCUGCAACACAUGUUCAAGUAUUACGACUGACUUGGUUUGGCUAUUCCAGCUUGGAUACCAAAAGUCAGAGAUCAACAACACACUCUCCUGACAGCAGCUUAAUUGUGAACAGUACUAGCCCGGUUUCUACGAUUUUUUCGUUGCCAAACCGUUAUAUUCAUAACCAAACCGUUAUUAUAGUUGGAGCAUGUUCUGCUGUUUGCUGUGUUGUAAUUUUUUUAUUCCUAAUCAAAGAUUUCCGCUCCUCUCCCACGAGUGCGCCACCAGCCAUCACACACACCAUGGCAGUUAGACCUGAGCGUCCAGGACAGCAACCAGAGGUGAUGGUCGUGAUGCCCCCCAAUGCAUCAUCGUCUACUGACCUUUCUCCCAUCACGCACUAUACCCCCAGCUGCUCCUCGGAAAACGAUGGUAAACUAGAUUACAGUGAAAGAACGAACAGCUGUAGAGAUGGCAGUGUUCCCGGCAGCUGCGGACCUCAUCACAGUGUGGCAGCUCUGGCAGAGUCUCCUUACUUCCACACCAGUGAAAACAGUCUGUACCAGUUCUGUGUCUCAGAGUAAGCAAGCCCGCCACUUGAGGACAGUCACACAAAGACACCAUCCCACUAUAUAUUCGACAUACAGGAGCGCCUGGCACAUGAGCCUCGCAAGACCAAACAUACAGGAGCCACUUAACACAAUACCGUUAGUGUCCACAUAAAGCUCUACAAGACAAACAAUAUUAUUAAUUAAUGGAAAAAUUUUGGUUGCUAGAAAAUAAAUUGAAGUUUAAAGUAUUGUAGGACAGAUGUUGUUGUUCUAAAUCCUUUCAGAUUUGCAUUCCUAAAGACCACAACUUUUAGCAGAGUUGCAACAGUACAUGAAGUAACUGACAUUGUCACUGGAAUUCCCAAAAGUUCAGAUACAUACAUUGAUCAGACUAAAUGCUUUCUUAAUAAUAAUCUCCCAGUAUAAAAUACAUAGCUACUUGGAAAUCACCUUUAUUGUGUCCGUCUCACAUCUAAGACCUUCGGGUGUGACAGAAAAAGAAAUUAUAUAAAUUCAAGGCUAAGAAGUCACGAAUAAGUAAUUUGAACACAAUGACAGUAGGGGAAAAAUUAAAUGCAUUAUACACGUUCUCAGAAAUGUUCUUUAUGCUAAAGACUCUUCAACAUCUUACAAGCAAAAUCAAUAGGUUAUCGUGCACUGACACGUACUUAGAGAUAACCAUGAACAAGCUUCCUGGAGAAGCUGUAAGCAACACCUACGUCACACGCUCAGCUUGUCACGUGCUGCCUUUCCCAACAUUAAUGUGUUAUUAUGAAACAAGAUGAACGUCCAGCAGAUCCACUAACCAACUUGGAUUUCAACAACAUAUUAAGGUUAAAUUCUAAUACUGAGUUGAGAAUCUUAUAUCAACGAAGGUGUGGAGGUGGAGGAGAGGAGACCCAGGAAGCCGGGAGGACGUAGUGUGCUGAGCGCGCCACCACCGGCCACACAACCAACAUCAUCCUCCCACCAGCACACCUCUGGUGUCUCAAAGCCAGGAGGAGGAGGAGACGAACACGCGUCCCAGUAAAGGUAACUGGUGAGUCUUCAUGGGUCAGGAGGAUGAAUGUGGCAUCUGUUAAACAUCAGGAACGUGACGGAAGUUUCUCGGGAAUUCCCGCUAGGUUUUGCCUUCAGUAAAAACACAAAUACAAACCAGCGCCCCGUGUGGUGGUACUAGUGCACGCACACAUCGUCGGAAGCAGUACCAUGGACUCCACCAUGCCCUUAGGAAGCAUCAUUUACAUCCUAAUAGCUCUACCCAUAUUGUUAGCUCUAAUCCUCCUCCUCUGCCAUAUACGCCAAGCUUGCUGUUCAAGACCACAGCAGAUGAUGCAGAUACAAAUCAGCAACGGGAUGGGGACUAAGACCAACGCAAGGAAGUCUGUGUUCUAUGUGCCCAGAGACUCUACACAGCCGGGCUCCCCUAGCACACACCACGUGCCCACCACACCCGACGCCUCCAACAUGACAACGCAUUUGUCUCGUAGAUCCAGCAUCAACAGCGUUUACGGAUUGGAAAGGGAGGAAGCAGCGUCCAGCAGCCAUCACCUGCAGCCGUGUCUGCAGGGUGUGGCUGGUGCUGCUGACACACAACAGCAGGAGGAUCACCCACCACUCAGCUGCCACUCCAGUCUCUCCGAGGAACACUUGUACGAAGAAUACAAUGAACAAACACACUUCAACACACUUCCACCGAAGGCUGCAUUGUAGUAAGGGACCACAAGUUAAGUUCAUAAAGUAUGACAGACAUUGAUGUCUAAUCCACCAUGUGCUCUCAAAUAUAUGUCCAUAUAUAUCACACAAUUUAAAGUUUACAAGAAGUGUAGUGAUGACACACAUCAAAUAAAUACCUUUUAUGGCUAGAACACACAAAAGUGAUUGUCCAAGACUCAAGGCAAAGUGUUAAUUUACCUGCCAAUGAGGAACAAAAUAAUAUAAUUGUGAAGCAGAAGACAAAUAACUACAAAGUGUGAGCUGUAGUCUCACAGCUACAAGUAUCUACAGUAACAAACACAAUACAUGUAAUGUUCUCUGCUUUAAUACGUUGUGAAAUAAAGGUUAUUUGUUACAUGAAAUCCUUGUUUGUUUGUACGCUGGCUUUACCUUCACAAGC